AUGGAGACGCGCCGACCGGCCACCCUCGGUGUCUCGAUCACCUUCUUCGUCACCGCCAGCGUCUUCGUCGCCCUGCGGUUCAUUUCGCGCAUCUUUGUCGUCCGUAAGAUUGGGUUACACGACUGGUUGAUGCUGCUCGCAUGGAUAAUUGACUUUGGCUUUUCAUUCUCGCUGUUCUACGCGACUUACAAAGGACUCGGUCUCCAUGCGAGCGACGUCCUACCUGAGAACGAGGAAGCCCUCAACAAGGCCAACUAUGCCUUCACGGUGCUCUACAAUCCGGCACUGAUGGCCGUCAAAACCUCGAUCCUCGUAUUCUACUUGACCUUGACGCAAAACCAGAAAUUCUUCCGACGGGCCAACUAUGUCACCCUGGUCGUUGUCAAUGCGGCAGGCUUCGCCUUGACAAUGGUCAAUGUCUUUCAGUGUCAUCCCGUCUCCGCAGCCUUUUACUCAACGAUCCCCUCUUCUGCGAAAUGUAUCAACAUCGUCACGCUCUACCUCUCCUCGUCUCCUGUGAACAUCGUCACCGACCUGGCGAUCCUUUUUCUCCCCAUACCACUCUUGACGCAGAUGCGUCUGCCAUAUAAGCAAAAAUGGAUCCUCGUCAUUACUUUCAGCUUUGGUUUCUUCGUUGCUGUUGUCGAUGUCAUUCGAAUCGCUUUCCUCCAACAAGCUGCUACCUCUCGUUCAAUGGCUGUGAAGACGAUUCAUCUUCAGAAUGCUGACGGCGCAGACUUCAGCUGGUACGCAUCGCUCUCAUUCAUGUGGUCAGUUGUCGAAGUCAAUAUCUCAAUAAUAUGCGGCUGCGUCCCAAGCCUCAAACCUCUCGUCUCUCGUCUCAUGCCCAAGUUGAUCAGAGGCAGCAAUGACACUCAAACCAGCCCACGAAACAAUUAUGCAACAGGAGAAAGCCCGGUCGUUUUGCCUCCAGCAGCAGCGACCCUGGGGGGCCCUUCUGCCUCAACAUCGCCAGCAGACAGCAACGGAAGCAAACCCUCACAAAACAGGAGUGGAAACACGGCCCGGCGACGAGAGUCGAGUGCUCCUAUGAGUAUGAUGGAUUUUUUAGGCCACCCAGAACCUCGUCCUUCCGAUGCCGAGGCAUACACCCAUACCACUACAUCCGGCUAUCCUCCUAACGUCAGGUUCUUCGAUUUCGUCAACGUAAAUAAUCCAGAAAGUAUGCUCAAGCUGAAUAACAGAGAGUCAAUUGCACCUAUCGCAUUGACUACUCUCCUGUUCUUUUUGUGGGGUUUCGCAUAUGGAUUGCUUGACAUCCUCAAUACACAAUUCCAGACUAUUGUCAGCCUCAACGCGUGGCAUUCACUGGGUCUCCACGGCGCCUACUUUGGUGGGUACAUGGUCGGUCCUCUGCUAGUCGGCAGGCCGGUCUUGAAGAUUUGGGGGUUCAAGUCUACGUUCAUCACGGGGCUUUGCAUCUAUGCUUGUGGAGCCCUGGUCUUUUGGCCAUCCGCUGUCCUCACUUCCGCAACCGCGUUCACAAUCUCAAAUUUCAUUGUUGGUUUUGGUCUUGCUGUUCUUGAGACUGCAGCCAACCCUUUUAUCGCUCUUUGCGGACCCCUUGAGAACUCUGAGAUUCGACUCAAUAUCUCCCAGGGUGUACAGGCCAUUGGCAGUGUCGUCUCGCCGCUACUUGCAAAAAAAGUCCUCUUUAAGAAUGUCCAGGAUGUCGCCUCGCUGGUGAAUGUUCAAUGGACAUACCUUGGCAUCGCUCUCUUCGACGUCCUCUUAGCGGUCGCCUUCUAUUACAUGCCAAUCCCCGAAGCAUCCGAUGAAGACCUUAAAGAACUAGCAAAUCGCCGCCGAGAAGACAAUAUGACCAAGGUCCUCGGCAUUCCCGUGGUCUGGUUGACCCUUGGUCUGGGUAUCUGGUCACAGUUCUUCUACGUGGCUGGACAAGAAGUCCUCUCAACCAGUCUGGAACGCUUCGUCAUGAGUGCAAACGACCGCACUUCUCUCACUCCAUUCGAUAUCCUGACAAUAGGCCACAGCGUAUUCGCCAUCGGGCGCUUCCUUGCCGCUUUCACGCAAUGGUUCCUAAAGCCCCGCUGGAUUCUACUGGUCUCCUACAUCGGCAUGAUCUUCUUCUCCAUACUCUGCAUGAAAACCACCGGCUCCGCCGCAAUAGCCAUGGCAAUGAUGGUCUACCUAUUUGAAAGCGGCGCCUACAGCAUCAUCUUCGCCAUAUCCCUCCGCGGCACCGCCCAACACACCAAAACCGCCGCAGCGUUACUCACCGCGGCAGUCAGCGGCGGAGUCUACUUCCCCUUCGCUGAGUACGCAGCCUACCUUUCCCAUGGCACCCCGUACUCAUUCUGCGUCCUCGUGGCCGCCUUCUCCGCGGGUGCUAUCUUCCCCUUAUACCUCAACCUCGUCCCUGCCGUCAAGAAACAAGUUGACCCAGUACCUAACGAGUACCUCCGCCGCCACCGACGCCGCAGCCGCACCGCUGUCAGCACCGUCCAUCGCGAGAAAGAGAACCCGUCCUUGGGCGGCGUCCUCUCGCGCCGAAGAAGUCUCGUCUCCCAUCCAGACCUCAUGCCCGAUCUUCCCAUGCCAGGCGAGACACAUCAAAGCCCGCAAUACCGCAGCACCGGGCACUCCGUAUCGCCAUCCAAUUCUAAUGCGAAUUCUUCGUUAGAGUCUUCAAAGCAGAAGGAUUCUCCGAGCGGGUCAACACGAUGA